CCUCUCUCCUUCCUGCGGGAUCGAUCUGCUGCUUCGAGAACCUCCACGAACGCGAUCGUCGCUUCGAACCUCCGACGUCGGCGCUACGUAAUCGAGCUGCGAUUGCCGGCGGAGCCGUCCGCGCGGUGAAAUCCCCGACUUCUGCCUCUUCCACAAGGGCAUUAGGUUGACUCUUUUCACUCGUAGAAGAAGCGUUCCCCGGCUUCUGCCGCCGCGCCGCUGCUCCGCGACGAGCCCCGGCGUCGCGUCGUUUGAGCGUAGUGAGGAGGAGAGGGAAGGAGGGACAGGAUGGAAGAGCUGAGUAAGGCUAUGGAACAGCACAUGGACCAGAUGGUGGAUCUCGUCCAGAAGAUCUCGGGCGAGCUCCGAUCUGGACUUCGGCCUGCGUACGAUAACCUCAUCGGGUUUUUCCAUGCGAUUGAUUGGAAGGAACCUUGGUUAAUUUGCUUAAUCUCAUUCCAUAUAUUGUUGCUGAUAAUAGCAAUCAUCUCAAGGAAGAGUGUCAACUUCCAAAUGUGUUUAUUUCUGCUGACAUUGAGUGGUGUUUAUCUUGCUGAGAGGCUGAAUAAAAUUUUGGGAGACAACUGGAAGAGCUUUGCAACGCAGAACUAUUUUGAUCCGCAAGGAAUAUUUCUGUCAACACUCUGGUCAGGGCCUCUACUGGUUAUUGCAAUCGUGAUCUUGGUAAAUACACUUCUUUCGUUGUGCCAUCUGAUUGUUAGGUGGAAAAAGGCUGAGCUGAGACAUAGAGCAAGGCUUUCUCGUAAUAAGCAGGACUGACCUUUUUAUUCUGCGGUAGUACUGAGGUGAUUCAUGGCACGAUGCAUCAGUCUCUCCUGAUCAUGCUAUUUAGCUCAAACACCUCCAAUACUUGAUGCACGUGACUUAUGAUGACGAUAUAUGGGGAGUCAAUCUUUUAUCACAUGCCUUUCUUUCUGAGCUUCUCCUCAUGCGGAGUUAGUUAUGGUAAAAAAUUUCUACACUUCGAUCUUCAGUUUUGGAUAGUAUAACAUCAUACUUUGAAAAGUUUUGUGCUCACAUGGUGUUUUCUUUUUCCGUGGUGUAAAGCAUCUUGCCUAACACUUUGGGAAUCAUAUAAGCAGGAAAUCCAUCUCUAUCUUGAACUUAAUCACGGUUCUUUGUAUUUCAUGUGACCUUUGUUUAUGGUUGACGUAAUUCAUGGUGCGUUUUGGUGAAA